GGCAUGUCGCCGCACAGUAUCAUAAAGGCAAUCAAAUAUGGCCUUCUUAGUCUUACUGUUGAAGAACUGAAAUAUUUUCAAAGUUUUGGAAUAGAAAUGAAAAAUGGAUGGACAAAGGAAAAACUUGACGAGAAACUGAUUUGGAAUCUGAUUAUUACUGGAUUAACUAAAAAUCAAUGUUGGAAUAUCAUUAUGUGCGGGCUAGUAUCUCAGAAUGAUAAUGUAUUAUAUCGACUUUUAUCGAGCGGCAUUGAUGUCCCAGGAAUUUUGAGUUGGCCGGGAAAAUCUAAGCCAAUUACACCAACAAUGAUUCGUUUCUUAAAAGAGCUUGGAAUGGACGAAGAUACUCUUUGUUAUGUAAAAGAGAAUGGUAUUGAUGAUGAGAUCGAAGAUAUGCUAAUUGAUCUCGGUUAUAAUGAUUACAAGGAAAAGGAAAUUUCACAAGUAACUGAAGUAUUCUUUUCUAAGUGAUUUCAAAGA